AGUGCAACAACAAAAUUCCAACGCAUCGCUAAAAAAUAUUGUGCAAAAGUUCUAAAAUUAGGGUAAAAGUGUAAAACUCGAAAACGCGUUGUCAUUAAAUCGUUUUUCGCGCAUCGGUGUGGCCAAUACGUGUGCCCGUUUCAAUAAAAAUUUAAACAACAUAAGUUCGCUUUUAUGAGUCCGAUUUCCUCCCUCAUUUCCUUCUCUUCUAUAACUGUGUCAAAUCAACAACAACAACCAAAUAUAGAGCAGUGUGUGUCAGUGUGUUUAAUGCACAAAUUGAUAAGCAAUUGGACUCAAUUUAUCAAUUUAAUCUUGUUUAAAUGAGCUAAAAAUCAGUGCAAGCAGUGGCCGAAAAUAAAUUAUAAAUACUUUAUUACUAAUCCAUAUAAAUAGAAUACCCUUGAAUGGUUUUGUGUACGCUUAAUUAAUUCAACACAUUUUUGGUUCCGCAUUUUUUUAAAUUAUAACGAAGUCUCCUAUCGAAAGCAGCAACAAAAAGCGGUUUUUGUUUGUUUUUCAAGCUCAACGAAAAAAAGAAGAAAAGAAAUCCGCUACCAAUCAGCUGUUUCAAACGACCGCCUAGGUGCGAGCGAGAAAGCCUGCCUGCGCGCCAAAAUAAAACAACAAAAAAGUGGCACAUUGGUGCAAAGCCUAGUGAAAUUUUAUAUGUAUAAAUCAAAUUAUUUCCAGUUGAAAUAAAAGGAAAUUCAAAAAUUUAUAGUUAGCUUUGUUAAGUUUUUUAAAUCGUUUACAUUUAAUACGCGUGUGUCCAAAAAAUAGUGCAAAUUUAUAAAAAGUAGUGCAAAAUGAGUGAUGAAAAGAGCGAUUCGGGCGGGACAACUGCCCCCCUUCCAUCCCCAGUGGCUGCGGAUCCGGAACCAGGAGCAACUGCCUCCAAAAUACCGGGUCCGACCAAAUCCAAUAUACCCACGCCCGCUGCUUCAAGUACCGGAAUCCCACAGCCCAGCAAAAUGAAGGCACCAUCGAGUUUCGGCUCGACGGGAUCCGUUUCGAAAAUCGGAAGACCCUGCUGCAACCACACAACCCCUAAAUCGGGGCCACCACCAAGAGACACCGCCAGCAUGAGUCGUGAAAGCGAUGACAACUUAAGUUCGAUCAAUUCGGCUUAUACAGAUCUCUAUCAAGAGACUGUCAGGCGCUUUACGCGAUCUUCGCUCUCACCCACAUCCGAUUGGGACCGCUUUUCGCCCGCUCGACGCUCGCUAAAAUCAUCGGAGGCUGGAAGUCGCACAUCUUAUGAUUAUUAUCUAGAGGCCACUGGGCGACGUCGCAGCUCAGAUCACAACAGCGCCGUGCUGACAGCAAACACAGAGCAGUUCAUCAUUGGCCAGCGGGUUUGGCUUGGUGGCCUUCGACCCGGACAAAUUGCCUAUAUUGGCGAAACACACUUUGCACCCGGCGAAUGGGCCGGUGUUGUCCUGGAUGAACCUAAUGGCAAAAAUGAUGGCUGUGUGUCAGGCAAAAGAUACUUCCAGUGCGAGCCGAAGCGCGGCAUUUUCUCACGCCUCACACGUCUUACCACAUAUCCGAUGUCCGGAGCCCAGACGCCAACUUCUCCGUUGGCCAAAAACUCACCGGACAGAUCGCGCACAGUCUCCCCAACUGCGAGCAUUCGCAGCUCUAUGCUACGCAGUCCCGGAAUCGGAGGCAAAAAUGGAAUGGCUGUGGGCGAUCGUGUGAUUGUCUCCUCUGGAUUUGGCAGUCGUCCGGGUAUUUUACGCUAUUUGGGCGAGACACAAUUCGCUCCUGGCAAUUGGUGCGGCGUGGAAUUGGAUGAGCCUAGCGGCAAAAAUGAUGGUGCUGUGGAUGAUAUAAGAUACUUCGAGUGCAAGCCCAAAUACGGGGUGUUUGUGCCUAUUGCAAAGGUUUCGCUGUCGCCUUCGUCGAAGAAGACUCGUCUCUCGAGGACUGGAUCGCGGGAGUCCCUCACCUCGAUCGGCACCAUGAACAGCAUCGCCACCACGGCCACGUCGCGUAUGCGCAUGAAUGCUCAGCAGCGCAAGUCCAUCACGCCCGUAAAGCCAAUUUUAGCGACGCCGAAAAGCCAAUUUUCUAUGCAGGAUCUGCUGCGCGAGAAGCAACAACAUGUGGAGCAGCUGAUGGUGGAGCGCGACCUGGACCGCGAGGAUGCCCAGAAUCAGGCGCUGCAGCUGCAGAAGAGCAUCAACGAGCUGAAGGCAAGAAUAGUUGAAUUGGAGACAGCGUUGGGAGAUGAGCGAAAGAAAACAGAAGAGUUGCAGUUCUCCGUAGACGAGGCCCAAUUUUGUGGCGAUGAAAUGAAUGCUCAGUCCCAGGUCUACAAGGAAAAGAUCCACGACCUGGAAUCAAAGAUUACACAACUGGUUUCGGCUACGCCCAGUUUGCAGAGCAUACCGCCACCUGCUCCUCCGCCAGAUGACAGCGCCCUUAAGGAGGAGAUUGCUAAGCUCCAGGAAAAGCUGGACACGCAGCAAAAGGAAACCGAAGCAAAGAUUGCCGAGCAGCUGGAGGAAGAGCAGCGGUUGAGGGAGAAUGUUAAGUACCUGCAGGAACAGAACGCCACUCUUCAGGCAGAACUUGUGUCCAAGGAUGAAUCCCUGGAGAAAUUCUCCCUGUCGGAGUGUGGAAUCGAAAAUCUUCGUCGCGAACUGGCGCUUCUCAAGGAGGAAAACGAAAAGCAAGCUGAAGAGACGCAAGCUGAUUUCUCUCGUAAGCUGGCCGAAAAAUCCGAAGCGCUGGAAAAAGUCACCUCGGAAUUGCAAAGUCUUAAAGCGGCUUCAGAUUCCCUGGAAAGCGAAAGGGUAAACAAAUCCGAUGAAUGCGAGAUUCUUCAAACCGAAGUCCGAAUGCGUGAUGAACAAAUCAAGGAGCUAAGUCAACAACUCGAUGAACUUACCACUCAAUUAAACGUACAAAGAGCGGAUAAUUCAGCUUUGGAUGAUAUGCUUCGUGUGCAAAAAGAGGGAAGUGAAGAAAAGUCGAAUCUUUUGGAGAAAACCGACAAGGAACUUAAUCAACUGAAAGAAGAGGCUUUGAAAAAACAGCAGGAAAAGGAACAACUUGAAAAGCAAUUAGCAGAAAUUAAGCAAUUAGCGGAUCAAGAAAAACUAGUCAGGGAAAAGGCUGAAAACGAAAUCAGUCAAAUAAAAUUAGAAAAAGUAUCCUUAGAACAGCAUUUAGAGUCUAAGCAAGCCGAACUUGAUGACUUCCAAAAGAAACAGUCCGAAACGGAGACUAAUCUUCAAGAAAAUAAGGAUCUGAAUACCCAAAAAGAUAAACAACUUGUUGAGUCCAAUGAAUCCCUUCAAAAACUGAAACAGGAAAUGCAAGAGAAAACUCAAGCUCAUGAAAAACUUUUAACUGAAUUGGAAGAGCUAAGGAAAAGCCAGGAAGCGAUUAUAAGCCAAAAGGAUAAGGAACUGAAGCAAUUGGAAGCAAAGUCAUCCAAAACCGAAGAAUCUUUAAAAGCGACCCAAAACCAGUUAGAAGAGCUCCAAAAGCAAGCAAACGCUUCGGGAGAAGAGGGAGCCAAAAACUUGGCUAAAUUGCAAGAGGAGAUUAGUCAACUGAAAUCCCAGGCUGAAAAAACUCAGUCGGAACUAAAAUCCAGCCAAUCGGAAGUAGAAGCCAAGUCCAAACAACUCGAGACAGCCAAUGCAAAUCUGGAUGAAGAAGGCAAAAAGUUGGUCAAUCUGCAGGAACAGAUUACCAAACUUAAAUCCCAAUUGGAUGAGACGCAGUCAGCUCUUAGCUCAAGUAAUACUGAUGUGGAAUCCAAAACAAAGCAGCUUGAGGCAGCCAAUGCGGCUUUGGAGAAGGUGAACAAAGACUACGCAGAAUCCCGAGCGGAAGCUUCCCGUUUGCAAGAUCAGGUGAAGGAAAUCACCGAUACCUUACAUGCUGAGCUUCUUGCCGAAAGAUCUUCUGCCAGCGAUCUUCACACCAAACUCUCCAAGUUCUCUGAGGAAUUAGCCACGGGCCAAAAGGAGCUGACAAGCAAAGCCGAUGAAUGGAGCCAAGAGAUGCUACAAAAGGAGAAGGAACUACAGGAGCUAAGACAGCAGCUGCAAGAUAGUCAAGACUCACAAACAAAACUAAAGGCCGAAGUCGAAAGGAAGGAGAAAUCUCUGGAAGAAACUAUUAAGGAUCUCCAGGAGCAAGUCAGUAAAGCUAAGGAGGAAAAUCAGGAGCUCACUUCUGGCAGCCAGGAGACCAUCAAGGAUCUGCAAGAGCGGCUGGAAAUAACCAAUGCCGAGAUCCAGCACAAGGAGAAACUAGCCACCGAAGAUGCACAAAAAAUAGCUGAUCUUAAGACGCUUGUUGAAGCCAUUCAAGUGGCUAAUGCCAACAUAUCGGCCACCAAUGCAGAGCUCUCCACCGUUUUGGAAGUCCUUCAGGCGGAGAAAAGUGAAACCAAUCACAUAUUUGAGCUCUUCGAAAUGGAAGCGGAUAUGAACUCGGAGCGGUUGAUCGAAAAACUGACUGGAAUGAAGGAGGAACUCAAGGAAACUCAUUCUCAACUGGAUGAGCAGCAGAAAAAGUCCCAGAACCUGGAAAUUAAAUUGGAGCAAUCCCAGCAAAGUGAGCAGAGUUUGCAACAGGAAUCUUUGACUUGCAAGGAACAACUUCAAGAGUUACAACAAUCGUUGGUAGAACUUAAAGACUCUCUGAAGCAAAAAGAGGAAAUUGUUCAAAGUUUGGAGGGUAAACUCAAGGAAACUAGUUCCGUAUUAGAGGGUCAAACAUCUUCUUCCCAAGAAAUUCAAGUCAAACUAGAAGAAGCUCAAAGAAAUGAAAAGACUUUACAAGAAGAAGGUGCAAAAUUAAAUGAACAACUACAAGAGCUGCAAAAGACCCAGUUGGAACUUUCCGAAUCCCUCAAGAAAAAAGAUGAAAUUGUACAGAACUUAGAAGAUAAAUUAAAGGAAAGCAAUACUCUAUUAGAAACUCAAAACGUUUCGUCAAAGGAAAUCCAAGUUAAAUUGGAGGAGGCUGAGCAAAGGGAAAAGGUCCUGCAGGAAGAGGCUGAAAAAUUAUCCGGUGAACUUCAGCAAGUGCAGCAGGCUAAUACCGAAGUGAAUGAUUCCCUCGUGAAAGUAGAAGAACUAGUGAAAGUUUUUGAGGAAAAACUCCAAGCGGCAACCGCUCAGUUGGAAAGCCAACAGGCCACAAAUAAAGAACUGCAAGAGUUGCUUGCAAAGUCUCAAGAAUUGGAGGGUAAUUUGCAAGGAGAAUCUUUGGCAGCCACCGAGAAACUGCGUCAACUGGAGCAGGCCAAUCAGGAACUGCUGGAGACACUCUCUAAAAAAGACGAAAUCCUUAAAAGUCAUGAAGAGAAAAUUGAGGAAAGUAAUUCCCUGCUCGAAGUUCAAAAGAAGAGCCACAGUGAACUUGAGAAUAAGCUGGAAAAGGCCCAGCAAAAGGAGAGAGAUCUGCAGGAUGAAACCUCCAAGAUAGCUGAGCAACUCAACCAACUAAAGUCGGCUAACGAGGAGCUUCAAAAGUCCCUGCAGCAAAAGCAAUCCCUUUUGGAAAAGGGCAACGAAUUCGACACAAAGCUUGCGGAAUACCAGAAAGUCAUUGAUGAAAUGGAUGAUUCAUCCUCCGCCAAAUCCAAGCUGCUGGAACAGCUUCAAAGAGUUGCGGAACUGGAGGCCGCACUCCAUCAAGCCAACGAAGCCCAAAAGACUGCGUAUCUGGAGACGAAGGAACUAAGGCGUCAGUUGGAUUCCCUAGAAUUGGAGAAGUCCAGAGAAAUUUUAACUCUCAAAACUCAGAUGAAUGGUGCGGCCAAUCGGUCAGGAAGAGGAGACGAACUUGAGUCAUUGGACAGCGAAACCAGCCUAGCCAAGAUCAACUUCUUGAACUCAAUCAUUGCAGAUAUGCAACAAAAGAACGAUGCACUGAAGGCCAAAGUGCAAACUCUAGAAACCUUGCCAAUGGACUUUACCAAGCCUCAUGCCUUCGAUGUGCUGACCAAGCGGAAACCAGCUCCCAGACUUUUCUGCGACAUUUGCGAUGAGUUUGACCAGCACGAAACUGAGGACUGUCCCAUCCAAGCUAGUGAGGAUCGGGAUUAUUCCCCUCCACCAUCCGAGGCCAACAACAACGAAAAGGAGCGCAAGCUGCCUCCGCCAAGAAAAUACUGCGAUUCUUGCGAAGCUUUUGGCCACGAUACAAGCGAAUGCGCCGAUGAUGAAACCUAUUAGCUAGAUUAAUUCUAAAUUAUUUUUAUAAAUUUUUCUUUGUUUUGAGUCUUAAGCAUAACCGUAUUGCGAGAUCUAUCAGAUGAGAUAACUUUUACCUCAGCAGAGCUUCACUCAAUCACACAUAAAACAUUCUCUACUUAAAAUUGUGAUCUGGCGUUAUGCACACAUUCAUGGAUAAUAGUCUAUUUUAAAUUGUUUUUAUUUAUUUAAUGCGAUUCGUGGCAAAUCACAAUCGGUUGUUUUCGUAAUUUUUGAUUGUAAACAUAGUGUAAAAAUAAAAGAUAAGAAUGUGGAAAGAGUGUCCAGAA